AUGUGCGCCAGCCCUGAGGCGACCCCCAAAAAGCAGAAGCUGGCGGUGUGCGCGCCUGUCAAGGCUUUGGUCAAGUCGUGCACCUCCAAGGCCGGCCCGACCGCCCUCAUGGACCAGCUGUGCAGCGAGCUGCUGGCUCCCGCCAACGCUACGGCCGACAGCAAGGACCCCACCAAGCUGCGCUAUGGCUGCGGCGUUGCGACCGCUGCACAGGUCAACAGAGUGUCCAGUGACCUGGCAGCCCUUGAGCCCAAGGUCACCGCCGCCGCCGCCCAGACCAGCUCCCUGCAGGCCACCUUGGUCCAAGGCAACAACCAGACAGCCGCGCUGCGCGCUCAGGUGGACGAGCUCAAAACGUCUAUCGGGGUUCUGACCGCCGCCGUGCAGAAGCUGCAAGCGAAUGCGUCCAGCACGGCUGUCCCCAGCACCAUCACUGUACAGCUCGCCGCCCUCCAAGCAGCUGACACGCGCACCGCCCAGCAGCUGGCCCUGCUGGAGGCGGCAAACCAGACCGCGGCACGGGACAUCGCGGCGCUCAAGUCUACUUCGCAGCAGUGCACCUGCGGCCUGGAGCUCUCGACUGUCAACACCACCCUGGCCGCCAUCAAGUCAACCCAGACGGCGGACGCGGCGGCCUUCUCACUGGCCAACGCCACCGUGGAGUCCCUGAAGGCCCAAGUCACCACGGGCGCGGCAGCCAUCGCAUCGGUCAACACCAGCGUUGCCGCCCUGGUGGCCAGUGUGGCCAACGUGUCGACCAUCGACCUCAGUGUCUACGCGAAAGUCACCGACCUGGCCAACAUCAACGCGGUCAGCCUGGGGGGCGUGCCUGCGGCGCAGUACCUGCGCUCGCGGGUGGUGAUCUACACACUUGUUUGCGCAUAA